AACCGUCCUAUCGCCCUCUGGCCAAAAUGUCCCAGUCCAACUCACGCAACAGGACGAUUACAUGCACGCCGUCGAGUUCGUCCCCGUGGCCGCCGGUCACUACAAAGCCACGGUCAUGUACGGUGGCGAGAACGUUCCCAACUCCCCCAUCACUUACGCCGUCCAAUCGACGACCGGUGGUGGUGGUGCCGGAAAGCAAGCGGACAGUCACGCGUCAGGCAACGGGCUGGAAGUGGCACACCGUGGCAAAGAAACAUCGUUCGUCGUGUACUGCCCAUCGGCACCGAACGUACAGAUCGAGCGUACGGACGAACAGGCGGAACGGAUCGAACCACGGAUCAAGAAUCUUGGCAACAAUCAGUGGAAGAUUUACUACACGAUCCUGAGUGUCGGUCGGUACGAGAUUCGGGCAAGCUGCACCAACCGUGGCCCACUGCCCGGUUCCCCGUGGAACAUCUGUUGCCUGGAUCCGGCCAAGGUGACACCGAUCGGUGGCUGGGGAUCGCUGCUCGAUGCCAGUGGAAAGUUGGUGCUACCGAGUAAGAUCGUGUUCGAUACGAGCAUGGCAGGACCGGGAGAGCUGACCUGUUACGUGGAUGACGGUGAGGUGGAGGUCGAAAAGCAAGGAAAUGGUCGCUGUGUUCUGUUCCUGUCCGAUGACGAACUGGUCAAGGGAGAGCACAGUUUCGAUCUUACCUGGUCCGGUCUACCGAUAUCGCAGAGCCCUGGCUUCGUUUACGUCACUGGACAAUCAGCUGGUGCUGAUAAAGUGGUACUGACCGGUCGUGGACUAACCACCGCUCAGGUUGACGAAAUAUCCCACUUUACGAUCGAUGCCACCGAAGCCCUCUCCGGAAAGCCGGAAGUUCACAUGACGUACGAAGAUGGAGAACCACUUCCGGUCACUCUCCUCCAACCACGCCCCAACGAACUCAUCUGGCUGGCUUCGUACAAUCCACACAAAUCGACCGGAGGGCCGCUGAGCCUCGACGUGGAGUGGAAUGGCCGUACGAUCAAGGGCUGCCCGUUGACGAUACCCGUUGGACCGGCGGUGGAUGCAGCAAAGGUCCUUUGCUCCGGCGAAGGACUCCGCAAUGGUGUCGUUGGACGAGAAAUCAAAUCGUGGAUCGAUACACGACGGGCUGGGCCUGGAGAACUAACAGCACACUGUGCGGGCCCCCGAAAGGUGGCCUACUGUGAGCUGUACGAUCAUGGUGAUGCAACGUUUACGCUGAACGUGAAACCACAGGAACCGGGACGGCACACGUUGACGAUCAAGUACGGUGGGCAGCAUGUACCGGGGUCACCGUUUACGUUGCGUGUUGCCGGUGCCCCGGAUGCCAGUAAGGUGCGCGUUUAUGGGCCAGGAAUUGAGCACGGUGUGUUGGCCACGUUCCAGUCGAGGUUUAUUGUGGAUACGCGCGGUGCCGGUGCUGGGCAGCUGACGGUGCGUGUCCGCGGCCCUAAGGGAGCGUUCCGCGUUGAGAUGCAACGUGAAAGCCAAAAGGAUCGAACCAUUCUUUGCAAGUACGAUCCGACCGAACCGGGUGACUAUCGGGUGGAGGUGAAGUGGGCUGGUGAGCUGGUGCCCGGUUCCCCCUUCCCCGUGCUCAUCUUCGACACACACGAGGAGCUGAAACGAUUUUUACACGGCAACUAGAAGAUGACCGAUCGAUCGAAGGAGAGGACUUUCUUCAUUUUCUUCCAAUUUCUUCCUAAUUCCCUUGCUCUCGCGAGGGGAGUAGCGCAAUGAUGUUGUUCAUUUUAAUGUUUUAAGUUUUACAACACAACGACCGGGCUGGGGGCUGGACAGGGCAGCAAACGGUGACUAUAGUGCCGAGGUGUUGGAGAACCAACGCAUCAUCGAGAGGGCGAUGGAGGCGCCCAUCUUUUGGAGCACGCAGCACGUUGUUUCCAUGCACACUGCAACAACAACGCCUGCUGGGGUUUAAGUGGGCACAACAACAAGACGGAAGGUGAAUUUACAGUGAAACAGCGAGAGGAUUGCAUUGGGAUUUGUUAAUGUGUACAUUAGUGAGCGCUACCUAACGCUAAUAGACGACUAAAUGGAUCGAUUAAUAAAGAAAUCUUGUUACUUAA